UUUAUUUCUUAUUCAUAUCAACGAGUUAGUUCGUAUGUUUGGAGGUUUCUAUUACGUUAACCAUGCGUCUCUUACCGAUCUUAAUUCAAGUUGUAACUAUUCUCUACGUCUCCGAAGCGAAAAUUUUCAAACGUUGCGAAUUUGUUCAUCAGUUAGAAAAACAUGGAGUUCCUGAUUGGCAAAUACCGACUUUGACAUGUCUGGCAAAAUGGGAAUCAAGCUUCGACUCAGGAAAGCUUGAUUAUAAAUAUGGAAAACAUGGAAUAUUUCAAAUUAAUGAAAAAGUUUGGUGUUCACCCUACGAUUAUCCCGGUAGAGAAUGUGAAACAACUUGUAGUAAUUUUAGGGACAAACACUUGGCCGAUGACAUCGCAUGUGCCUUAAAAAUUUACAAGGAUACUCGGGAACUAUCAGGAAUAGGAUACGACGCGUGGGAUUCAUAUUGGGAACACUGUGCUUCUAACAACAAUGUGGCUUAUUUGAGGAAUUGUGACUAGAUUGUAAUUACUAUUAUUUUACUACUAUUUCACCACUAGUACUUGUUUCUGAUGAUUAAGUUUUUCAAUUUUAGGUAUUACCUUAUUAUAACUAAGUCCAGCAGCUUUUAGCCUGUUUUUCAUGGGCUCUAUUAUUAAUGUUUUGAUCAGCAUUAGUUCUUCAUAUGUGCCUUUCACUUCUCUUCAAUAGCCACUUCCAGUUCUUGGAUAAUGUCUGGAAGCUAACCUAACUUUGACCCCUCGCUUUACACUUCAGUCAGUACCGCUUGAUUACCUCCUCAAUAGCAGUAAUUUCCCCCUCGGUAAACUGAUGCCUUCCUAUGUGGUCAAAAGGUGUCAUGCAUUAUUGCAAAACACUCAUCUAGCCCCUCCUGGACGUAUCUUUUUGCAGUUUUAUUUCCUCAGAUUUUCACUCUUAAAAAAUUUUGCUCCAAACAGUGUAAAAACAUUUUUGAUUAGUCACAUAAUUUUUCAAAUAAUUCUCUCUGUCUUCAAAAAAUUCUUUUCUACGUCUACCCUUUGAUUUUAUUUUCCUCUGAAAGCCACUAUUGUUCAAGUAUCGAGAGAUGUGACCAUAAACUUACACUGGGCAAUUCGCGGGGAUAAUUUUUAGAUCAGCAGGUUUGUAAGGGUAUAAUCUACGUUGUCAAUAAGUAGACCACUCACAGUCACAUUAAGUAGAUUGUCGAUAUUGGACAUAAAUAUCAGUUAAGCGUUAGUGUCAGUUAUAAUAAAAAUAUUUUCAAUU